ACACUAAAUUCGUUGACAGCUCUAUUCAUCGAUUCUUCUGUCUCAUUUUCGUCAUGAAAAAAUAGUUCAUCUGUUCAGACGUGUUAAGUUAUCGUGAAGAAAGCAGGCAAAAAGUUGAUUAUUCCGAGUGAAUUCGUGCGUACGCAUUUAGGUCUAUGCGUUGCCCAGUCGUUUUACUUAUUUAUCGUUGCGAAAACGGCGUUUGACACGCGGAAAUUCAAGUCAAAAGUGCAAGUUCUCGGAGGCCAAAGUAGCGAAUUUUCCACAUUUUCGUACCCUUUGUUUCGAAACCAGGGGCUGAAAUAGCAAAAACACAAAGGUAAGUUCAGGUAAAAAAAAAAAGCAAAGCAACCUUUAGAGAAGUCGCAAGAGAGGGAGUACCAUGUCCGAGGCCAUGAGUGCUCCGCCGCCCCUGAUUCCGCAGCUGCAGGAGAUGCAGCAGCAGCAGCAGCAACAACAGCAGCAGCAACAGGGGGGUAAUCCCGCCGCCCUGGCCCAGCAAUGGAGCAACUACGCCUGGUAUGCCAACCAAAACGUCGCCUACCAGCAACAGUAUCAGCAGUACUACCAGUACUACAUGCGCUACCAGCAGCAACAACAGCAACAGCAGGUAACCUCGACGGUCAGUGCGUCGAAUGCGCCGCCCGGCUUCAGCAAUGCGCUGGCGGUGCCGCCGCCUCUCCCCUCGGGUCCGCCGCCACCGCCUCCGCCCAAAAGCGGCCAGCCACCGGGCCAAAACAAGCAACAGCAGCAGCAGCAACAACAGCAGCAAAAGAAUUUUGGGGGAAUACGUUUUAAUUUGAAUUUAAACCAAAAGCGUUUGGCCAGUGGCCCCAAUCCCCUACAACAGCAGCAGCAACUUCAACAGCAGCAACAUCAACAGCAGCAGCAACAUCAGCAGCAGCAACAUCAACAACAGCAACAGGUCAUGCAAUUGUACAACAACAAUAAUAACAGCAACAAAAAGAAGCGCAAGCGUAACAACAAAAACAAAAGUUUUGAUCAAACAACAUAUAGCAAUCCGUUUUCCAAUCAAGCACAAGCCACACCCAUAGCACCACCACCGCCCAUUAUUAGCGCCAGCGAUGUGGGCGUGCUGGCCACUCCGGAUUUGAGCAAGCCACCACCACCAUUGCCACUAUCCAUAGUGGCUCCCUUAGAGAAUCCCCAACAGCAACAUCAACAGCAACAGCAGCAGCAGCAGACGACUGCAUCUCCCACUCCUGCGCAAACAUCCACCUUUAAGCGCCCCAACAGCUUUCAAAUGGCCUCCAACGACUCCUGGCCGGAUGCCCUCAAUCAAUACGUGGCCCGUUGCUACUCAAAGUGUAACACGGACCUCGACAAGGAUCAGAUUGACAUAUGCCUAAAGGGCAAGAUUAUAGCGGCGGCCAAUCGUAACGAGCUGUGGACCCGGGACUGGGACAACGAGCCCAUGCCCACGGUGCACAGCGAGCGGGAUGGCAUCGAAGUGGUGCUGAGCAGUGUGACGCCCCCUCAGCCGCAGCGAAGUAACUACUUCCAGAAGAAGCUGGAGCAGGAGAGGGAGCGGGAGCGAGACCGAGAGCCGGAAAAGGUCCCAUCCAAGAGCUCCUCGGGUAUCGUGAAUCAGUUCAAGCAGAAGGGCAAUCAGUUUAACAAGUCUUCAUCCGGCUACGGUUCUCAUCAUCACUCUUCGUCGUCCAGGUACUCCAGGAGUCGUUCGCGUUCACCUUCGUCCUCUAACUCGAUGAAAUACUCGAGCAAAAAGCGGUACUCGCCGUCGCGCUCCCAUUCGCGUUCCCGCUCGCGGUCCCCCCGUUCCCGAUCGUGCUCCCGCAGCAGCGAUGCCAGCAGUCCACCGGCGCGUAAAGUUAUCCGCAAAUCGGGCUCGAACGAAUCCUUAAAUUUCAUACCACUCACCGGGAACCUAACCCGCAAACAGCAGAAAAUGCUGGUGAAGAAGGGCAAGCGCGCAGCUGCAGCAGCGGCCGCGGGCUCCGGAGGUAACUCCGGCCAGGCGAAAAAGAAGCCGCCUCACUUCUACUCCAACCAGUCGUCCAUUGGCGGAGCCGUUGAUGAUGACACAGCGCGCUUGCAACAGCGUGCGGCACGAUUCUCACAGCAGGGCUCCAGCUCCGCCAAGAAAUCUGUCGUCGCCAUUGCAAGCUCACCGUUUGGUCUCACCACGGCCAAGAACAAGAAGAAGAUGAUGCAGCAGCAGCAGCAGCACCACCAUCGUAACGCCUUCUACGAAGACACAGAGGCGGCUGGCGGCUUAGACCUUUUAGAUUUGCAUAUUGUAGGCACGUGUAGGGACCUAGAGAAGUCGUUUUUGCGUCUCACCAAGGCACCGUCGCCGUCGGAGGUGCGACCUGUCGAGGUGCUCACCCACUCCCUGGUUAAUGUAAAGGGAAAAUGGCGUGCAAAUCACGAUUACCACUAUGCGUGUGAUCAGCUGAAGUCCAUCAGGCAGGAUCUGACUGUCCAGGGUAUUCGCGAUCAGUUUACGGUGGAAGUGUAUGAGACGCACGCUCGCAUUGCCAUGGAAAAGGGAGACCACGAGGAGUUCAACCAAUGCCAGACGCAACUGAAAAUGCUGUACAUGGAGAUUGGCGGCAAGAGCGCCAAUGCCUUGGAGUUCACGGCCUAUCGCAUACUCUACUAUAUUUUCACAAAGAAUACCUUGGACAUCACGACUGUCCUCCGUUCGAUUACGGCUGAUCAGCGCGAUAAUCCUGCCAUUGCGCACGCCCUUCAAUUCCGCUCUGCGUGGUCGCUGGGCAACUACUGCAAACUCUUUUCCCUGUACAAAACGGCGCCUCUUAUGUCGGGCCACAUGAUCGAGUGGUUCCUGGAGAGAGAGCGCAAGGCUGCGUUGCGAGUCAUUAUUAAAUCUUAUCGUCCCAACAUUAGCGUUGACUAUGUUACUAAUAUCCUGGCCUUUGAUAGCUCUGAAAAGUGCAAAGAGUGGCUCGACACUUUCAGUUUGCCCUAUGCCGCCAAUGGUGCGCAAGUCGAUUGUAAAAACGCAGCUGCCAUUGCCAUUUGAGGCGAAUUUCACAAAUAGCAGAUUAGCUGCUGAGACCACCAUUCAAAUUUGUACCUGAUUUCCGAACUUUUCGGAUAUUAGUGUUCUCUUUCGAAAGCGGAUGUGACUCCCCUGCUGGCCCAAUUUUACACACUUGUACAUAUUUUUUUUAUAGACCGCGAAUCCCUUGCGUUACAUAGUUAGGAUUUCAUUUCUUCCCUUUCCCAAGCAAUCGAUUCUCAUUGAAUCAUUGGGCCUGUAUAUUCUUCGUUUCUUUAGGACCACGAAAGUUUACUGUUCCUUGUAGGGAUCACCAUUUUACGAGGAAUUAAGGAUGCAAGAUUCUUCACUUCAAUACAACGUACAAUUAUAAGAACAAAGUCAUCUGCUAAGGACUAGCAUUGGAGUAGCCGAAUUUCUGGAUAAAUUAACUACGGAUAUCAUAAGGCGUGAACUAUCAACGAUGAUGCCGAAUCCCCGAAUUUAAUCCUUUACUGGGAGAUGCCGAACUUUUAGAUGAUCGAGCUUGGAUUGCAAAAGGCAUGCCGGAUCAGUGAAUUUAAUAAGGAUCAACAAUGGCUGAAAACAUCUUUACAUUUUGGCGGCCAAAAAGGAAUAUUCUCAAGUGAUAUAAAAUAUGAUAAGCCAUUGGCAUUAAUGGAAGCGUUUCUGAAUAUUCGUCUCUUCAACGUUGGUCUACAUAACAACUUAUUUAAGAAAGCAGCCAUCUUUAUAUAUAUUUUUAAUCAACAAAAUCCAGCAACGUUCCCAACUGAAAUAGUCGUCUGAAUUCAACCAAAACAUAACCAGAAACUCAACGUGCGUGACCUCUAAAUGAACAUAAAUAAAUCAAGAACUAAUGUGAAUCUAUUCCAAAAGAGGUCACCACCUUCUCAAAUAACAGCUCCAUUAAACCUGUACACUCGCAAAACUAACAAAAAAUAAUACACAUGCGGACGAACAAAAACAGAUGCGAUCACCGAACUCCCAGAGACCAAGUGCGCUGAAAACGUUUAUUUUGAUUCGUUGUGAUUAUUAUUUAACUCAUUUUAACGCCUUCUGAUCACUUCAUUUUUAAACUAGUUUUAAGGUUUAGGCUUAAUGUUUGUUGUCUUAUUUAAAUUAUUGAAAAGGAUUAUACUAAUGUUCUGUCUCUCUAUUGUAUACCUGUAUAUACAACCAACAAAUUCAUCACCACCACCAAGAACUACAACAAGAACGAGCCUGCAAGUAAAUUCUUUGGAAGAUUCAAAGUCCCCGUUUUGGAGAAUGGCAAAGUCAACCUGGUCUUCCCCGUCGCCACGCUAUCAUCCGUCAAAAGGAAGUCAAAAAGUCCUCAAUAUGCUCGACAUUUGUAAGCUCUUCCAAUUUUAAAUCGUCUUACUAAAGAAAAUUGUAUACAAAUUUUGAGUACAUGUGGUAGCGCAUAAGCAAUUGGCUAAGAUCCUGUAUUCAGUGCUUUUUUUGAUGGAGAAAGCAACAAUUUUCUCUUUAAAACUAUAUAGUUAAUAACAGUAAUUAGACUAGGAUUAAAGGUAUAUUCAUAGGCUAAGCUUAACUGUUAUAUUUAUUUUUAAUUUUCUUGAAUGUUGGAAAAAUGAUGGAAAAGAACUCAAGAUUUUCAAAUGCAUUCUCAAGUGUUCUUGCAAAGUAUUGGGAGUCCGUCUGCAUGAAUAGUGAGAGUUAUAACCACGGCUUACAAAAUAAACAGAACAAAUGAAA